CAAGUUGACAACAAAGCUAAAACACAACAAGCUGGGUCUCCAUGGACCUGCCUUACUAUCACGGCCCUCUGACCAAGCAAGAGUGUGAAAUCUUGCUGCUGAAAGAAGGGAUAGAUGGUAACUUUCUAAUACGAGACAGCGAGUCUAUACCAGGAGUCCUGUGCCUCUGUGUCACGUUUAAACAUUUUGUCUAUACAUACCGAAUCUUCAGAGAGAAACAUGGAUAUUACAAGAUUCAGACUGUGGAAGGGGCUCCAGAACAAAUCUUUCCAAACUUAAAGGAAUUAAUCUCCAAAUAUGAAAAACCAAACCAAGGGCUGGUGAUUCACCUCUUAUACCCAGUAAACAGAAGCAGCUUCUGCCCAAGAAAGAGAAGAAUACAGUUAAAUGAGAACAAUGAUUAUGUGGAUGUCUUGCCUUGAAGAUAUGAAGACAAAACGAAACAAGUUAGAUAAGAGAUGAAGCACACAGCUCAGUGUGGCAACCACUUCUCUUACAGGUGCAGGUCUGGAACGCCAAAUUCUAAUGGACAGUUGAGACUCUUCAGGUCUGAAUAACUGAAAAAUCUUCUGUCUAGUAUCCCCAGAAAAGUCACUUCCCAUAUCAUUGUUGACUCCCUGGCAUAUACUGCAAGAUGUUCCAAGUCCCUCUUCACUUGUCCCUCUU